AUGAGGAACAUGUUCAAACUUGUUGAAAUGUGUACCUGUCUAGGAUCUAAGGAGUCAAAAUAUGGUUAUUAUGGUGACGUCGACAAUGAGUGCCAGGUAUUCCACGUGUGCCUGCCCCUCCAGCAGCUGUACCCGGCCAACUUCACCGCCCCAGUCACGUACCAGUUUUCCUUCAUCUGUCCCGAACAAACCGUCUUCACACAGGACGCCAUGGUGUGCGCCUGGAAGAGCGAGGCGCUGCCCUGCGAAGCCUCGCCCGAACUCUACUGGAUGAAUGACAACUUCUUCAGGGAGGUGCCCAAGGAAAACGGCGGUGUCCGUUAUGCUCAGCUCAACGAAAAGCCCUAGUUGGUUUUACCUUUUGAAUGCCCUGUUUCUUCCCGUAUGAUUGUUUGUGUUUUUAUCUUUGCUUUUUCACUGUGAUAGGAUGAUAGGAUGUACACACGGUCACAUUUUUCAUGAGGUUUUGUGGUGUGAUGAUCCAUAAGUAUUAUUAGAUCUGAAUGUUUUUUUGUUUUUUUUCUCUAGCUCAUGUAAUUAUAGUUCUCAAACAUUAUUUGCAAAGCAAAGAUUGAACACAAACAACUUCAUUUCGCCUCAAUCUGGCUGUGCGACGACCGGUCAGACGAGGUCAUGGCCAAAGUCAGGGAUACGAACAGUCUCUUCGCCCCGAUCUUUUUCAUUGGUUCCUGUCGUUAUAUUCUUGUCUUCGGAUGUUCGUUAACGACAGUCACAAAGUUAUAGUGCUGACACGUACAAAAACGCCAAUGGGCAUUAAUAGGAAUAAUUUGGCUGAGAAGACAACGCCAGAUAUGUCAGCCGUCGUCCCGUCGAUCAUGUACCUGGAGUUUCCCGUUGUUGUUAUGGCGCGACCUAAUGCACGUUCCCUUUGCCUCUGUCAUGUAUCUUUAUCCUCGUUUUGUUUCGCUCUUGAUGAAUAAAGAUUUCUAAACUGUUGCAUGCUGCUGUUGCUUUGUAACACUGGAAGGCCCUAUGCCAUGAGCUUUUUAAAAGUCCCUUUGAAACCGAGGUGUUACGAAGCUGAUCUUGACUUUGAUUGGCCCGAAGGAACCCAGACUUCACCUGAGUGGUCAAGAAGGGAGUUCCCAGUUCAAGAUUAUUUUUCUCCCUUUUUCUUCCCCUUCAUUAUGUUAUUUGCAUGUCAUUCUCCCGUUACCGAUGGUAACUCUUUAGGCAUCACCAUCUUAGCUUUCCCUAUAUUUGUUUUGUAUUGUUAUAUUUUUUGCUGUUAUUAUUGUUAUUAUUAUUACCCCUAUGAAUAUUGUUAUUAUCAUUAUCCUUAUGAUCAUUGUAAUAAUUAUUAUUAUCAUUAUUAAUAUUACUAUUAUUUUCAUUAUUAUUAUCAUUAUUAUUAUUAUUAUUGUUGUUAUUAUUAUUGUUAUUAUUAUUGUUAUGGUUAUGAUUAUCAUCAUGAUUAUCGUUUUUGCUUUUACUCAUGUAUACACACGAAUGUAUUUACGCGCGGCUUUCCCAGAGCUGGCAACACUACAAGAAGGGUUUCUUGCCGACUUGGUACCUCUGAACCCGGCACGUGUUCUAACGAGCUGUGGCUGCUAAUAAACUAAUAAUUGUUAUGGA